UGAAGGAAUGACGUAUGCGGUGUUCACCUCCUCCUCCUUCUUUUCUUUUCUACUUCAUGGAGAUCUAUCCUGCCGCCUGAAAGCUUUACACGUGUAGCGUGUUUUUCUUCUAAUUUUCAUCUUCGCGGGUGUAAUUGAUCAAAAACUCUAAUCAUGGGUCGUAUGCACGCACCUGGCAAGGGUAUAUCCCAGUCUGCCCUCCCAUACCGGCGGUCCAUUCCCAACUGGCUGAAAUUAACACCAGAAGAUGUCAAAGAACACAUUUACAAACUGGCGAAGAAAGGUUUCACCCCAUCCAAAAUUGGUGUAAUCCUGCGAGAUUCUCAUGGAGUGUCACAAGUCAAAUUAGUUUUUGAAAACAACAUCUCACGAUACUUAAAAGUUGUAUCAGGAAACAAGAUUCUUAGAAUCAUGAGAGCUUUGGGUCUUGCUCCAUCUUUACCUGAAGAUUUGUACUGUUUAAUCAAGAAGGCCGUCUCCAUCAGGAAGCACUUGGAAAGGAACAGGAAAGACAAAGAUUCCAAAUUCCGUCUUAUUUUAGUUGAAUCCAGGAUCCACAGGCUUGCACGUUUCUACAAAUUGAAAAGAUCCCUGCCACCCAACUGGAAGUAUGAAUCCAGCACAGCUUCAGCCCUUGUUGCAUAAUUUAUGUACUUUGACCGCCCUUCUUUUUUUUUACAGUUUUUUUUAUCUAUUGAUAAUUCUUUGUUCUAAUAUACAACAUCUAUAUUAUAAAUUCAGUCUAUUAUUGUGAGAACUGACUCCAAA